UGUCGCGGGAACUGAUCGACACUCAAAACAACAAACCGAGGAGAGAAACGUUCAACAAGUGUUCAUCUGAAAGAGCUGCCAAAUUGUCUGGAUUCUCAUUGGCUGAUGGCGUGAACUUUAUCACCAUGUCUCACAGACUGACCAAGGAGGAGCUGGAUGAACAGUUUGAGCUGUUCUUAAAGGAGUCUGCUUCAGAUGACUCGGUGGAUUUUGGCGGCUUUGACAAGAAGACUUCUGCUAAAAGCAGCAAGAAACCAUCGGAGAAACCCGCAGUGUCGUGGUGGCCUGACGAUGAAGACAGCGACGGAGGAGCAGGGAAAGCUGAGACGACCAAAAGCAGAUUUAUCAAAAGCAAAAAGUCUCCGCUUGACAACAACGAUGGACUACAGCGGCCUGGGAGGACUUUCAGGAAGUCUAUGAGGAGGUCUCAGUGUAUUCAGGAAGAGGAGGAGGAUUCAGGAGAGUCUGGUUCAAAGGACGGAGGGCUUAAAGAUGCAGCUUUUAGCACGGAGAACUCUAAAAUACACGACGUAGGGAUGGUUCCAGGUGGGAACACGACCGGUUUGGGUUUGGACACUCUGGACGAGGAAGAGGAGAAGGCCCGGUUCUUUUCACAGCUGGAGGCGGGUGCUUCAUCAACCGUAGAUUACUCGAAGCUGAACAGGGAGCUGGACUCGACAAGUUCUACAGACGGUGCUAACCGCAGGAAAGCUGAAGAAGAGGUGGAGCAGAGUGAUGAUGACCAGAAGAAAGCCAGAGCCACAGAAACCAUCAGAGAGUCUCCAGACUCUCCGCACUACAGCGAGGAAUUUGAGGAAGAAGAGAACGAGAAAGACAAACCAAAGGAGGAGAAGUCUAAAAUGCCUCAAAUUUUGGCCAAAGUGUCUCUGUAUGAUUCUCUGGAGGACACUGGUGGAGAAGAGAGAAGGAAGGACGCAGCGGGGUCUCUGGACAGAGGUCAGCCGUACGUGCAGAGUGGAGGCUCGGAGAUGGAGGCUCUCCACGAGGCCUACAGACAGAUCCACGUGGUGGCAGAUUCAGACGACGCCGAUCAUCAUCUGGAGGGGAGGGGGAGGGUCAACAGACCCGUGUCUCCAUCCUCCCCUCCUCGUCCUCAUGCCAGACAAUCUCUUCAGCCCGCUUCGACCGCUGAGUCAGAGCUCCCCACUGCAGAAGAGUUAAUGAGACCCAUCAGGCCAGAGGAGGACCACAUCCGAGGCUUCACCCUGCAGCCUGUCAGCACCGUAGGACUCUUAGAAAGGACUUAUCCAGAUGUGACUUCCCCAGAGUUACAAGGGAACGAGGCAGGAAAGGCUGUCCAGGCGGCUCGAGGGGGAAAGGGAGCCAAGGGAUCGGGUAGCCACCAGUCCGGCUCCCCAGACUCUCCAAACCAUAACCUGACGUGGAGCAUCAGACAGGAAGUGGAGCGUCUGAUGAAGGAUCAGAACAAACAUGGUUCAAACACGUCGCCUCAGACCAGCAGAGCUAAGAAACAACCGGUUUCCCUUGGCUCCACUUUUUCUCACCCUCCUUCAUCUUCGGUGAGGACCCCCACCGCCGUUUCUCAGAUAAGGGGCCGGAGAGUAGAGGGGAGGACCGCGGUGACUUCGAGGUCUGCAGGGUCAAGUAGAGCUGCUGCUGCUGCUGCUGCGGCCAAAACUCAAAGCAAUGCUUCACGUCCUCUGCAGCAUCCACACGGAAGAGCCAAAGUCACAUGGAGUCAAGAAAAAGAAAACUACGCAGAUCCAGGCUUGAGGGUGAGCAGUGAGCUGGUGUCUUCAGUUCAGUCCUUAGUGAGCGUCCUGAAGCAGCAGAUAGACACCAGCCGGCAGCACGAGGCCGCAGACACACGGGAAGUCGGUGAUCAUCAAGAAACCAGACUGACUCAUCGUCUUCAAAGUAACAAACAGCAGGAGGAGGAGGAGGAGGAGCGUUCUCUGGCGGAGGAGCUGAGAGUUAAGCUGGCUCAGAGAGACCGAGAGCUGCAGGUGUUGAAGGAAGGGGCGGAGGAGAUCACCUCACUGAGACAGCAGAACUUCCUGCUGCAGAGCAAGCUGAGAAGUGCAGAAGAAGCGAAUCAGAGGAAGAGAUCAGAGGCGACCUCGGACUCUGCUGCAGAGGAGAGGCUGCAACAGACGGAUAAAGAAAUCAGAGAGCAGGAGAUGCUCAUUAAAGGUUACCAGCAGGAGAACGAGAAGCUGUAUUUGCAGAUGAAAGCCCAGCAGGCCAAGACUAAAGCCAACGAGGACGCCAUGUUUAACGAAAACCAGACGCUGCUGAAUCAGCUGGCGUUCACCAGGGAGCAGUUGAACAGAAACUCAAGGCCUGUUGGAAACGUCUGCUCAAUGGAUCACACUCGACGCAUUUCAGACCUGUUGGCUCAAAUAAACACAUUUCAGAGGAAGGAGGCCGAGCUGUGUGAGGACCUUCACAGACUGAAGCAAGAGAAGCAGGCUCUGGAGACCGACCUGCAGCUGAGGAAGAGAGAGAGAGACCAGGCUAAAACUCAGGCCGUGCCAGGCUCAGAGGAUAAGCACAGAGAGGAGGUGUCAGCCCUGAAGAAGAAGCUGCAGUGGUUUGCUGAGAACCAGGAGCUGCUGGACAGAGACGCCGGCAGACUGAGGGCAGCUACGGCUGAGAUACAUCAACUCAAAGAGCAGGUUGAAAAACUGAAAACAGAUGUGAGCAAACGGAGCAGUGAGCAGCAGAGGAAGGCCCGAGAGAAAACUGGAGACAUCAGGAGGAUGCAGGAUUUGGAGAGACAGGUGAAGGAGCUGGAGCAGGUUCUCAGAAGUCGAAACCCAAACUCCCUGCCUGCUCUGAUCUACGCUGCAGCCUCGGUUGGUGAUUCAGAGGAUGUGGACGCUGUCAAAACGACCACACCGAGAAGGGUCAACGCCCUGUUGGAGCGCAGGAUUCAGCGUUUGGAGGCGGAGCUUGAGAGUCAAGACGAGGAGGCCAAGCGUAGCCUGCGAGCCAUGGAGCAACAGUUCCACAGGAUCAAGCUCCGCUAUGAGCAACAAAUCUCAGAUCUGGAGCUGCAGCUUGAACAGAAGCAGCAGCUGGAAGCAGCAAACUCAGCAGCUGCAUCAGAGCCCUGCAGCGCACGGGUAAAAACUCUGGAGGACGAGCUUCAGCGUGUGAAGGAAACCCACCAGGAGAAAGAAAACUCCCUGAAGGACCAGAUGGAGUCUCUCCGGCAGCAGCUCAAACAAAAGGCCCAGCCAAGUCCAGGCCGACACCAGCGUCAGGCCGAGGCGGCGUUCGGUGUCCGGAUCGACCGCCUGAACCAGGAGCUCGCCGCCAAGACCCGAACCAUUCAGGAGCUGAGUCACACCGUGGAGAGACUGCAAAGAGAGAGGAGGAACACGCCGUCGUCUGUCCCCAAACCACGACCAGAAACCAAACGACAAGCAGGACCUGCAAAAACUCUCAGCUCUGCCCCUGCAGGAGACGCGUGUGCAGGAGAGGAGACGUUUCCAGCUGCUCAGUAUGAGAAAACCUACCAGCCCACCGUCUUCACAGGCAGUCACAUCUCCGAGGUUCUGCAGGAGAACGAGGAUCUGAAGCGGGACCUGGACCUCCUGCAGCAGCAGAGCGAGCAGGACCGGGAGGCGCUGAAGGCAGAAGCUGCUCAGGCCAGAGAGGAUCUCUGCAGGCUGAAGGAGCACUCUGCACAGCAGCUGUCCUCCGUCAAGACUGAACACCUCAGGGUCUUGGACCAGCUGCGAGCCACCCACGCCUUUGAGCACUCCGCCUCAAAGCUGGCUGAACUGACCAAUAAGCUCAACGCGCAGGAGAUUACGGUGAAACAUCUACAAGACCAGCUGAGAGAGCUGCAGGGAGCCAAAGACGCGCUGGUCAUAUCAAGGACCAGAGAGGACGCUCUGCAGAAACAGCUGACCAGACUUCUGCAGGAGUUAAAGGAAGCUAAAGAAGCUCAGAGUCCAGAGGUGAAGCUGCUGUGUAGCCUGGAGAGGAAGAUUUUCAACAUGGAGCUCCGACACCAGCACAGAGAGAAAGAGCUACAACAGGUGAUCGGCAGCUCGUGGCAGACGUCUGAGGCUGAUCAGCAGACGGAGGUGGAGCACUGGAAGCGUCUGGCUCAGGACAAGAGCAGAGAGCUGGAGGCUUUCCGUCUGGAGCUGGACUCCAUCCUGGACAUCCUGAGACACCUGCAGAGACAAGGAGUGGUCCUAACCCCCGUCACAGCUCUCCUCGACGCCAAGAGGAGUUAACGCACUGAUGGAUGUCAGAGACGCUGAGUGUUUUCUUUGAAAGCCAAAGAUGGACGCUUUAAAGUGACGCCUACUUUUUUAGUGUUAGAAAAAGUUCAGAUGAAGAGUUCACAGACGGGCCUUCAAGACUUCCAGCAACACUUAAUGAAAGCACUACGAAUAAACUCAGAAUGAAGAGUAACAAAAUGUACACCUUAAAUAUUUUGUAUUU